ACCUUCAAAGGAAGUAACAUCUUUGACGGUUGCUACACCGAGUUAGCUACGGUAGACUAACGGCCUGACCGCUGUGUCGCUGUAGUGGUAGUGUUCCAUUUCUGUGUCGAGUUCGGCGUAUUUUUAAACCGAAUUUUACAUAGACGCUGUUGUACCUUUUGGAACCAAUAAUGGCUCUGUUGACGCCACUCUUGGCCUUCCUCUACCAUCUUCCGCAGGUGUACAAAUGGCUGCUGAAGCCCUAUUACAUCGCAUCUCUCUUCAUGUCCCUCGCUUUCCUCGCUAUUCGCAAGACGCCGGGAGUCUGCGACCAUUUAGCUACACAGAGAGAGGACGGGAACUCCUGCGACUUCGACUGGAGAGAAGUGGAGAUCCUCAUGUUUCUCAGUGCCAUUGUCAUGAUGAAGAACCGUCGUGCCAUAACUGUGGAACAGCAUGUGGGAAACAUCAUCCUGUUCAGCAAAGUGGCAAAUGUCAUCCUGUUCUUCAGACUGGACGUCAGGAUGGGAAUCCUCUACCUGACGCUCUGUUUGGUGCUUCUGAUGACCUGUAAACCACCUAUUUACAUGGGACCGGAGUACAUCAAAUACUUCAGUGACAAAACCAUUGACGAUGAGCUGGACAAAGACAAUCGCGUGACCUGGAUCGUGGAGUUCUUUGCUAACUGGUCUCCAGAGUGCCAGUCCUUCGCCUCAGUCUACGCCGACCUUUCUCUCAAGUAUAACUGUGCUGGUCUCAAGUUUGGUAAAGUGGACAUUGGACGAUAUGGAGAGGUUUCCAAAAAGUACAAAGUGUCUACAUCACCGCUCUCUAAGCAGCUCCCCUCUCUGGUGUUGUUCCAAGGUGGGAAAGAGGUGAUGCGACGCCCCCAGGUGGACAAGAAAGGCAGAGCAGUAUCCUGGAGUUUCACGGAGGAGAACAUCAUUCGGGAGUUCAACCUAAACGAACUCUACCAGAAGUCCAAGAAACUCAGCAAGAAGGAGGAUAAGGCGAACCUGUCCAAGUUCCCACCGCUGCCCGAGGAGGAGGAGCCCGAGCAGAACAAGGAGGAGUCCGAGUCCAAGAAAGAUAAAUAAAGACGAUCUGUUUCACUCAGCUCAGCGGGUAAACGGAAACAAAGUCCAGGUUCAGCUCCUUCUCCUCAUUGCUCUCCUCAUCUGUGUACUGUUGGUGUGUCAUCAUGGCAACAGAGGAUCCUUGAACGGCUGAUGUUAUGUCAUUGAACCUCAACACCCGCCAACCUCUGUAAUUAAUGUCAUACCCAGAACGAUGAGAAGAAGGAUUCUGGUACUGUAGUGUUGAGGCUGACAUGAAAAGAUCAUAUCUAAAUACUAUUGAGUGCAGGAACUGGUACCAGGAGCACAUUUCAAUCACAGGAACAGUAACGAAAGUUGGUGCAUAAUUUGAUACAAAACUAAAUAGUGUGGACGUGAGCUUUGUUCCAUAAAAUAGUUCCUGGUACUAACAGUUCCCCGUACUAUGUGAUGGGAACGUUUGUAUGGUUAAAGCUGUGACGACUGAGAAACUGCUGGUUUAGGGGUCAGCUGAGGACUUGGUAACUGGUGGAGUAGCACCGACAAGAUGCUACAAUAUUUGUUGCUUUGUUGCUUUGUUUUAAUGAGACUAAUUUAU